UAUCAUUCACCUACUUUAAAAUAUAUAUAUCUGUAUUCAUUGAAAUGUAUUUUCAUUUAUUUGCUAGUAUUUGAUUGUGUGAUUUAUACACAGAUAUAUUCAUUUCAGCAAGUUGGAGAUAUGUUGUGGUGGAUUAUAUUUGCGAUUGCUGCAGCGUCUGUGGCGCAAGGGGAUCCACGCAAAAAUUUGAUGGAAGCUUGUACAAUCGAUGAUGACUGUCCAAAAGAUUCAAAGUGCACCAUCCGAGGUUGUGAUGGCAAUAUUUGUUUAUGUGGAAGAAAUCUUAUUCCCAAUUUCAACUACACCAAAUGUGUUUCAAUUGCAGAAGUCAAUGGCAGUUGUACUGGCUCCCAGUUAUGCCGCCCAGUCAGUAGCCGCUGUGAUCACGUGCGGGGCAGAUGCGUAUGUCAAAACGGAUAUUCACCCUCCACAGCAAACAACAAUGUCAUCUACUGCAAACAAAAACCUCUACUUUCCACUUCCACCAGCUUUUCUUUACUGAACGAAAACUGUGACAAUAAUCAACAGAAAUGUUCCCCAGAAAACCAUUUAGAGUGCGUUAAGGGUGUGUGUGUCUGCGCAAACGGGUACAAAGAAGCUUCCAUUGAAAUAAUCAACGCCUAUCCAUUUAAUGUGGUACAGUGCGUUCCAGCAAAUUUUUCGAUCGGUAUAAAGAUAAAAGAAGAUCAAUGUUUCACUCCAAUUGCAGUAACACCUACUCCAUCUUCAAGGUCAACAUCUGCAAGUAAACCCAUCCCAUUGACGGCCAGUGCCCAGUUUUCAUCUCAAUUUGUGUUAAAAUCUGACAUUCCAUCAUUAUCAACAGAUUUUGGACAAACACUGCAAUCAGCGUCAUUAACAGGUUUGACAAACUUACUACCUACCCGUGCAACCACAUCAUCUUUUAAAACACUGAGAUACACAUCCAGAAUUCCGGAACCUCUAUCGACAGCCCAGAUAGAAGAUAGUAUUAGCAACGCUUUUCCUUCGACAAUACUUCCGCAGAGUAAUGUGAUGGAAUCGUUUUCGGAAACAAAUCUGGAAACAGAACAAACAGCAGAGCACACCUACAUUAACUCGUUUUAUUCACAAUUCAUUUCAGACCUAAGGACAAGCAGCGAAAAUUAUGAACCCUCUUCAAUCGGCGUUUUCUCAAGUUUAUCAUUUUUCACAGCAAUGAGUAAAAAUAUUCUAACAACCCAUUUUCCAUCGGCAAGCAAGAGUGUUUCAUCUCCUUCAGUGGACCCCAGUUUCAAACCGACAUCAAUUCUUGUUGGAUCAUCUGAAGUAAUGUCCAGUUCUUUCAACUCUGAAACAUCUGGACAAGUGUUAAAGAGUUCCACGUGGUCUUAUAUUGCAUCAUUAUCAGAUACUGCUUCAGUUUCACCAUCACUUUCAACAUCACAAUUGAAAACAACUAUGCUACCGACGUCACACAUUACGAGAAGCGCUUUAAUAGAAACAUCAACGUUUUCCAAAACGCCCUUCUCUUCCGAAUUUGUUGCGUCCACUGUUUUGACAAUACAAAAUUUGACUCCUUUUCCAACAUUCUCUGAACAACAUACAAUAUCUGCUCCUAUUACUAUUAGUCCAACACCCAGUCAGUCCAGUAUUCCGUCUGUUGUCUCCAGUUCAGUUGUAACAACAGAAUCUCCGAGGACAACAACAAAACCUCCAGUUGCAAUCACAACAACACCACAACAAACAACCAUAGAUUUGAGGCACACUACUAAACCUACAACUAUUGGAGAUUCUUGUGAGAAGAACAUCACGUGUCCUGAAAACGCUAUUUGUGAAAGGCGAGAUACUUGCGGUGACACUGUGAUAUGUUACUGCAAGCAUGGUCAUGUAUCCAGCGAAAAGAAAGAAAAAUGUUUAGCAAUACGGUAUCUUGGUUGGAAAUGCACAUCGGACAAACAAUGUUUAGGACCCAACACAGCUUGUGUCGCCGGAUUCUGCUCCUGUAAAGAUGGCUAUUUAGCGAGCAGUAAUGGAACAAGAUGCAGAAGAGAAAUGUCCUGGUUCGUGACUUUCCCCCUUCUUGGAGACCGAUGUAAUGGGUUUCUGUCCUCCUGCUAUAACUUUGACGAACAAGAGUGUAGAAACAAGAGGUGUUCCUGUAAGACUGGAUAUAGAGAAAUGCAAGACAGUGAACGGAAGUUGCGUCACAAGGAUUAUCAGCAAUGUAUUAAAAACGAUACAAUUUCUGGUACCCUGAAAGAAAACACACGAUGUACGGAUCUGACUGCAUUGGAGUUAUCAGACCCCUACAACUCGGAGGCAAACAGAAAAAUUAGAGUGAUGCAAGGAGCCAUUAUAGGAGGAAUCAUAGCCUUCAUUGUUUUAGUACUUACAGUGGUAGGAGUGAUAUCUUAUAUCAGAUACAAAAAGAGAACAGGCGACAUGAAUAAUGACUCAGGAUCAGAAAUAUCAUUUGAGCGACAAUCCAGUGGACGAUAUUCAUUCAAAAUCCCGCGCCCUUUCGCAACAUACAACACCACAUCUGCUGACAAUGUAUCAUUCCACAACCGUUCUUUUAAAGAGGAUGAAACACAUCGUCUUCGAGAGGACGAGAUGAAAUCAUUGAACGGAACUCUGGCUAAAUUUUACUUCGAUGAAAUUGACUACAAGUCACAUGAUGAUUUCAGCAGACUACACGAAGAUGUAAAGUGAUGACGUCAUUUUUGUCAUUUGAUUCGAGAUUACAGUUCACUGGAACUGACAUUGGUGCGAGUGAGUACUGGUGUGUUAGGGACAUUUACAUGAAUGUGAGUACCGAAAUAGGUGUUAGAAUUCAUACAUCAUUGUCUUUUCAGUAAGAUUAUUUCUAUGGACAAUAUCAAAAACUCCAGAUCAACUUGCAGAAAUUCCUUCAGUAAUAGUUCAAGAUUAAUUCGUUUUAAACGUUUUACUUCGACACUAUAAUCACAAUCAGUUUGAUUCAUUUCCAAACGUUACGAACGAUUUUUCCAUAUAUAUAUAUAUAUAUAUAUAAUAGACCCACAGGUCACGAGUCUCUUGCCUAGAGCGAAUGGUCUUAUGCGCUGGAAGUGGGUAUUCAUAUAAUAGUAUAUUUCUCGUUGCUUACGGUCUUUGAGCAGGGAUGAAUCUUUAUCGUACCACACUUGCUGUGACACGAAGCCUCGGUUUUUGUUGUUUCACCCUAAGAUUGAUUGAUUGAUUGAAUAUUGUUUAACGUCCUUGUCGAGAAUAUUUCACUCAUAUGGAGACAUCACCACUGCCGGAGAAGGGCUGCAAAAUUUAGGCCUAUGCUCAGCGCUUAUAGCCUUUGAGCAGAUAUGGAUUCUUAUCGUGUCACACCUGCUGUGACAUGGGACCUCGGUUUUUGCGAUCUCAUCCGAAGAACCGCCCCAUUUCGUCGCCUUCUACGACAAGCAUGGGGUACUGAGGACCUAUUCUAACCCGAAUACCCACGGGAUUCUCAUCCACCAUUUAGUCGCCUCUUACAACAAGCAAGGGGUUAUUUAUAUAUUAUUAUAUAUAUUGUUUAUAUAUAUGUAUAUAUCUUCAUUUAAGACACUAAUGCCUGUAUAUAGAGUGUAUGCAUAUUUUAAUAUCAUUGUGAACAAACGUAGGUUUUCUCUCAAUGUAUUU